AUGGCUACCCGGAUCGAUACCUACCAGGACGGGGACAAGGACCUCUCGGAGGUCUCGUCCGCCAAAAUCGACAGUGAACUGGCGCCCACGCCCGAUGGCGGCCAGCCUACCGAGCAUGAGAAGACUGCCCUGCGUCUGGUGAGCGACACGGUUCCGCUCGCAGCCUGGCUCGUAUGCGUCGUUGAGACCGCGGAGCGGUUCACGUACUAUGCUCUCUCCGGCCCAUUCCAAAACUACAUGCAAUACCCCUACGGCAACAAGCUCAUCCCCGGCGCCCUCGGCCUCGGCCAGGCCAACGCCAGCAGCAUCUCCUACGGCUUCAUGUUUUGGAUGUACCUCACGCCCAUGCUCGGCGCCUACAUCGCCGACUCGUAUGCCGGGCGGAUGCGGACCAUCAGCGGCGGCGCCGCCCUCUACAUCUGCGGCCUCGCCAUCCUCUUCAUCACCUCCCUGCCCUUCUCGCUCGAGCGCGGUGCCGGCCUCGGCGGCUUCGUCACGGCUCUGCUCCUCAUCGGCGCUGGUGCCGGCUUCAUCAAGGCCAACGUCGGCAUCAUGAUCUUUGAGCAGUACACUGAGACGAAGCAGAGGGUCAAGACACUGAGGUCGGGCGAGAGGGUCAUCCUCGACCCGCAGACGACCAUCUCCAACAUCUACAUGAUCUUCUACAACGUCCUCUGCAUCGGCUGCCUCUCGGGCAUCCCGGCGACGUACAUCGAGCACCGCAUCGGUUUCUGGGCCGCCUUCCUCGUGCCCUUUUGCGUUUUCUGGAUCGCCAUCUUCACGCUCUACUUUGGCAGAAAGACCUAUGUCCAACGAGUCCCUGAGCCCGUCCUCGGCAAGGCCUUUAGCAUCUUCCGCAUCGCCAUCAAGAGCGGCUUCAACAUGGAUGCGGCGAAGCCUUCGUACCAGGCCCAGCACGGCGGAAACUACACAGUCACAUGGGACGACAAGUUCGUCGACGAAUUGAAGCGCAGCCUCUACGCCUGCAAGGUUUUCAUCCCCCAGCCCAUCGCCUGGCUCUGUUAUCUUCAGGCCCUCAACAACCUCGUUUCUCAAGCCGGCACCAUGGAACGACACGGUCUACCCAACGACAUCCUCUACAACUUCACUCUUAUCAUCGAAAUCGUCCUCAUCCAUGUCUUCCGGACUGGGCUCUACCCCUUGCUCCGCAAGUGGCACGUCGGCAUCGGCCCGAUCCGCCGCAUUACGGCCGGCUUCCUCGCCGGCACGCUGGCCAUCGCGUGGGCGGCCAUCGUCCAAAAGAUCAUUUACUCGGCCGGCCCAUGCUACGACGCGCCGCUCGCCUGCGAAGCCAGCGAGGGCGGCACCAUCCCCAACCGCGUCCACGUCAUGCUGCAGUUCCCUUCGUACGUGCUCUUCGCGCUGUCCGAGGUCGGCUUCGCCAUCACGGCGAGCGAGUACGCCUACACCAAGGCGCCCAAGAGCAUGAAGAGCAUCAUCGGGUCCAUCAACUACCUCACCGUCGCCGUCGCCGCGCUCCUCGGCAUGGCGGUCUCCCGAGCGGCCAGCGACCCGGGACUCACCUGGUUGUACACUUCCCUCGCCAUCGUCUACUUUGUGGUCACAUGUCUGUUCUGGUACUUCUGCCACGGAUACGACAAGCUAGAGGACGAGCUGUUUGACCUGGAUCGCGAGGAUAAUGCGUGA